CCAGACGAACAAAGAAAACAUGAUUCACCUUGUCAUAACCAAGUUCAGUGAAAUAAAUAAUUCAUGCAGUCUGGAGUAGCACAGGAGUACGAUGUUCAGAAUCUUCUUGUUAUAUUUUGUUAGUCUUAGCGGAUUUUUUCCUUUCUGUAAACAGGAGAAAGUCCCAGCGGGCCAUCUCAAGCGGCUUGGUUCACACAGACCGGCGGAGGGCGCGAUAAAGGCAAUAGGUUUUUUGCCAAGCCCUCAAGUCUUCUUUAAGGACUAUGUUAUGAGCAAUCAACCAGUUAUUUUCAAAGGAGCCGCUAAAUUAUCUCCUGGUUUUAAUCUCUGGACGGACAAUUAUAUACGGGAAAAUUAUGGAGAUGUUACAGUAAGAGUGGAUUAUGGUAAAAAAGAGAACAGGGCUAGACCUGCUGAUGACUUAACCCUCGCAGAAUUCUUGACAAUCUAUAAUGAUUCAGACAGAUACUUAGUGGAUACUUUACCUCAAGAAAUGUGGCAUGAGUUUUCCCUACCAACUUGUCUGUUGUGUGGAGGAUUUACAUCCAGACUACAGGAUACAGUGAUGUGGUUUAGUAGUGGAGGAUCCAAAUCUUUUCUUCACAUGGAUACUGUGGACAAUAUUAACUGUAUGAUCAGUGGAGUCAAGGAGUGGUUUAUAGUGGACCUGACUCAGGAGGGAGGGGUAUACCAGGUCAUUGCAUGGCUCCCCUGCAGACCCCUAUCUGCUAGUUCGGUAACUCAUGCCUGUGUUUUCUGGUUCAAGGAUACAGUGAUGUGGUUUAGUAGUGGAGGAUCCAAAUCUUUUCUUCACAUGGAUACUGUGGACAAUAUUAACUGUAUGAUCAGUGGAGUCAAGGAGUGGUUUAUAGUGGACCUGGAACACAGCAAGUUGAUUGACAUGGAUCAUGGAGAGGGUGACUAUUGCAGUGCCAAUGUUGAUAAAGUUGAUAUGUACCGAUAUCCAAGUCUACAAAAUCUUCCAUGGUGGUCUGCUCGCCUAGAGCCUGGCGACUGUAUGUUCAUACCUUAUGGCUGUGUCAAGAAAAGGAAACUCAGAAAUGGUGUAUUGGUUUGUCUGAGUUCAGGUUCAUUUUGUAUUGUACAGCGGUUUCUGUUGCUUGAUAAAGACCAGGAUGGUCACCUGACAGAGGAUGACGUCAUGUCCGUUCCCGCUGACGUAGUAGAUGAGGCUUUUGGACAAACACCACCAGGAGAGGUGAAUUACCAAGGCCAAUCUCGUCGCCGAGAUCAAGGAGUUACUGCUCUUCUGCAGUCGAUAGGACAACAGCCGCCGUUUGUUGAGGAAUUCCUCUUGAGGGAGGAUAAAACCUUGGAGGAUUUCCACAGUUUUCUGGGAAAAUAUUCCGAACAACUAGAUGAGGCAGUGAGAGAUUUUAUACAAGAAAGAUUUGACGAAGUUACACAGAGUAAAGAGAAGGAACCACAACACCAAGAAUUGUAAUUGUAAAUUUAUAAAAUUU